AUGGAUAAAUCAUUGAUGCAUGCUGAUAGAAGAUCGCGAGCUUUUGAGUUAGGGGUUGAAGAAUUGAUUCUGUUUGCAUUAGAGAGUGGUUGUGAUGUCAAUAAAUUUUGUUGUCCUUGUAUGAAAUGUGGGCGUGGUAAAUCUUGGAAGACUAGGGUAGUAAAGGAUCAUUUGGUUGAGUUUGGUAUUGAUAAAAGUUACACAAAAUGGAUAUGGCAUGGGGAACUCUCGUCAAAUGAGAUGAGCGAACCCGAAGGGAAUUCUGAAACUGUAGAAAUGGUACAGAAUGACACAAGUAGAGGGGGGUCCGAUGAUGAGGAGUUUUCAGUAGACUCCGAUGAAUUUUUAAGGUUUGUUGAGGAUAGCGACAAACCUCUUUACCUUGGCUGUACUUGUUUUACCAAGUUAAAUGGACUUGUUAAAACUUAUAAUCUGAAAGCAAAGCAUGGGUUGAGUGACGCUUGCUAUUCCGACAUGUUGAUAUUGAUUGGAAUAUUGCUUCCAGAAGGUAAUGAAGGAGAUGUGUAUGUUGAUGCCACUAGCUGCCCUGCUUGUGAUAUCUCUAGGAGGAAGUUGGGAAAGAAUGAAGUAGAAAAAGUCAGGGUUCCGGGGAAAGUGUUGUGGUAUUUUCCACCUAUACCUAGAUUCAAGAAGAUGUUUCAGUUGACAAAGACAGCUAAAAGCUUGACAUGGCAUGAUGAUGAGCGACUAAAGGAUGAUAAAAUGAGGCAUCCGGCUGAUUCCCCUAAUUGGAAUUCCCUUUCUAGUAGAUACUCUUGCUGGCUUGUUAUACUAGUGACCUACAAUCUUCCCCCAUGGCUCUGCAUGAAGAGGAAGUACAUGAUGCUCACCUUGUUAAUUUCUGGACCUAAACAGCCUGGAAAUGACAUUGAUAUCUAUCUCCAGCCAUUGAUUGAUGAUUUGAAGAUUUUGUGGGAUGGGGUUGAAGAGGUAUACGAUGGUUACAGAAAACAGUACUUCAAACUUAAAGCAGUGCUCUUUUGGACCAUUAACGACUACCCUGCAUAUGGAAACUUGUUUGGCAGCAUUGUGAAAGGAUACAAAGCGUGUCCUGCAUUAGCUUUCGAUGACACUGAAGAACAUGAUCUUGCUCUUAUUUCAUUAAGUGGACAUGAUGUGUUGAAAAUAGUAGAAAGUUUGAACCGGCCUUUUGGUAAAAAGCACCUUCAUCAUCCCUAUAAGGGUAUUGAAGAUGACAGUAGACCUUGUUGGAAGAAGAAAUCUGUUUUCUUCAAACUUGAGUACUGA